AUGAAGCGUGACACAAACGUUGAAGGAAAGCAAACAAGUCCAACCAACGCCCUCUUUCACUCUACCCACCACCACCGUCGCGUCCCAAUCAUCCAUUCCACAAUGUCAUCCAGCGUCACCGACCCAACCAACGACAAAAACACUGCCUCUGCUACACCUGGUGGCAUCGCAUCGUCCUCGGGCAAAGGCAAGGCCAAAGCCGCCGACGUGAGCAUCGAAGAUGAGGAAGAAGAGGAAGAAGAAGAGGAAGGGGAUGAAGAUGAGGCCAUGGGUUCUGACGACGAGGCCGAGGAUGAGGAAGAAGAGUACGAAGAGAUCGACCCCAGCGCGAUCGUCGGGCGCCGCACCCGCGGUGUCAAGGUCGACUACACCUCCAAAGAGGCGCUCGAGAAGGCCGGCCUGCAGGGCACAGAGGACGACGAUGAAGAGGACGCUGACGUGCAGAUGAAGCACUAA